GCUUCUCAGCCUUUUUUUUUUUUUUUUUUGCACAAGCCUCAGUGCCUGCAGCCCGGGGCUCUCGCUGCUGUCGAGCUCCACCGAUGCGUUGUUUGCAGACAACGGAGGGAAAACCCCAACUCCUUCUGUAGCGCUUCCCUUCGCGCCCCCCACCCAGCCACCUGCAGGUGACCGAAAAGGGGAGUGGUCGGAGACCCACCAGUUUUUUUUUUUUUUGGAGGGUGCAUUUUGUUUGCAGUUCGGGGUUUGCUUUUUUUUUCCCCCCCAGUGGUUUCUUUUUUAUUAUCAUUAUUACUCGGAGGGGUGGAGGGGAGAACCUGAGUAGGGGAGCGGUGCCAGCCGAGGUGUGCAGGGCGUCUGUCUGGCCACGAUGGGAUGUACAUUGAGCGCAGAGGAGCGAGCCGCCUUGGAGAGGAGCAAAGCGAUUGAGAAAAAUCUCAAAGAGGAUGGCAUCAGCGCCGCCAAAGACGUGAAAUUACUCUUGCUGGGGGCCGGAGAAUCGGGCAAAAGCACUAUUGUGAAGCAGAUGAAGAUUAUUCAUGAAGAUGGUUUCUCCGGCGAAGACGUGAAGCAGUACAAGCCUGUGGUCUAUAGCAACACUAUUCAAUCUCUCGCAGCUAUCGUCCGGGCCAUGGAUACCUUGGGCAUUGAAUAUGGUGACAAGGAAAGAAGGGCUGAUGCUAAAAUGGUGUGUGACGUGGUAAGUCGAAUGGAAGACACGGAACCCUUCUCUCCAGAACUGCUGUCAGCCAUGAUGAGACUCUGGGCCGACUCCGGAACCCAGGAGUGCUUCAACCGAUCCCGAGAAUAUCAGCUUAAUGACUCUGCCAAAUACUACCUUGACAGCUUAGAUCGAAUCGGAGCCAGCGACUACCAGCCCACGGAACAAGACAUCCUCCGAACCAGGGUCAAAACUACCGGCAUCGUAGAAACCCACUUCACGUUCAAAAACCUGCACUUCAGGCUGUUUGACGUAGGAGGUCAGCGCUCUGAACGCAAGAAGUGGAUCCACUGCUUCGAGGACGUCACCGCGAUCAUUUUCUGUGUCGCGCUGAGUGGCUACGACCAGGUGCUCCAUGAAGACGAAACCACGAACCGCAUGCACGAGUCUCUCAUGCUCUUCGACUCCAUCUGUAACAACAAAUUCUUCAUUGAUACCUCCAUCAUUCUCUUCCUCAACAAGAAAGAUCUAUUUGCCGAGAAGAUCAAGAAGUCACCUCUGACCAUCUGCUUCCCUGAAUAUACAGGUCCCAACACCUACGAAGAUGCAGCAGCCUAUAUCCAAGCACAAUUUGAGAGCAAAAACCGCUCGCCCAACAAAGAAAUUUAUUGUCACAUGACUUGCGCCACAGACACGAAUAACAUCCAGGUGGUAUUCGACGCCGUCACUGACAUCAUCAUUGCCAACAACCUCCGAGGCUGCGGCUUGUACUGACCUCUCACCUUCUCUAUAGCAACUUACUGGGUAAUGAUUCCAACACUCACAGAAAAGUAAAAAAACGAAAAAAAAAACACAAAAAAACACACACAAAAAUGCAACUUGGUAAAUAAAAAAGGCAUAACAAAAAAUUAUAUAUAUAUAAAUAUAUAUAUAAAAUCUUUUUAGUUUGUCUCAGAAAGAGCUGCGGACAGAACUGAUAACCCUAACAGAGCUCAUCCCCACCUGGUGAUUUAACGGAACCAAAACCGCUCCCUGCCCCUCUCCUCCCCUACCCCGGCCCCCACGAGAAAGAAAGAAAAGAUGGGGGGUUUCUAGCCUGCCUGCCCUCAUUUGGAGGCUGCCCUUCAUAUUUGAACAGGAUCCUCUUUCUUAAAGAAUGAGCGGCGAGGCCAUUUUUUAAAACAUCCUUUCCGGGGCGUGAGGAAGGCGCUUGCUGACGCCACUUCUGUCUUUUGUACCUUUCUGAGGUAGAACGCUCAACACAGGCUACCGCUGGCCCACAUCGCGGCCCCUGGCUGGGCCAGAGCUAGCAAGACCUUCAAGGAUCUGUUCGGCUCCUGGCGGGGGGGAUUCAAAACACUUUUAAAAACCCUACAAGGAAAAUCAAAUAAAACCUAAACCCCACCAUCAACUUUUUGCUUUUAAAAGACGCGGCAGGGCAGAUCCUUUAUCCCACCGAAGUGGCCUCCUGCGCCGGCCCUGAGCCUGUGGAGUGCAGCUUCCGCCCGCGUUCGAAGCGUGGGAAGUGGGGCGAGGGCUUCUUUCUACCAGCAUCGGGGUCUGAGGGAAGGGGACACCCCAAGACCACAGCUCGAGUCCAUCUGGGAAUGAAAAUACAAGCCCCAGGAGAUAGGGGCCCAGGGUUAGCCUGACGGCCGGGAAGGGAGAGAGCGUUUGCCACCUGAAAAGGAAUAACCCCAUCAGUGCCAACUAGACACUGGGCGUGUGAAGCGAGUGGGCAGCGGAGGACACCAAAAUUGAAAACAGAAACACCCAAGGGAGCCCCAUAAAUUACAACGCUAUCUUUUCCCCUCAUUCUGCCCCUCCGCGAAGGAGUUUUUCCCCAGCUCCGCUCCCUUUCUCCGCCCUGCCUGCCCUCAGAGAGCUAUUCGAUGUUUUGGGUUUUUUUUUUUUUCAAAAUUUCAGACUGGACCCCCUUAUCUCUUUCUCUACAGACUUGCUUCACGGACUCUCUCCCUCCUGUUGAUGUUGAUCUACUGAUAGCAUGACCUUUUGGCCUUUGUAAGACACAGCCUUUCUUUAUCGAGUCAAUGUAUACUGUACCGCACCUGGAUUGGUGGCUGUGUGUCUCUGUAGAAUGCUGUAGAAUCUGGUUUUAGCUGAGUCUUUACAUUUAGAAGCUGAAAGAAAAAAAAAAAAAGAACGUUUCUCAUGUGCUUUGUAGCUAAACCAAGAAGAAACAAAAAUCAAUUCCUUUCCUUAAAAAAAAAAAAUUAUGCGCAGCGGUGCUGAGAAACAUCUGCCUUUCUCGGUUCUUCAUUUUAAUUAGUUACCAUUUCCACUUGGAUUUGCAUUUUUGUAUGUGUUCUUUGUUGUCUGGAGUUCAUUUAACCACUGCAGGCCACCGCUGGCUAUCAGGUAACCCCCUAUCACACUGAACUGAUGUUUCGAUGCUUUUUGUUCCUAGUUCAAAAAUGACUUCUAACUCCAACCUGUCAUUCACUCUCCAGGUUUGUAUAGAAAAAGCACAGCUCUCACAGGCCAGUAGCUGCCAAAAAAAAAGAAUACAUAAUAUAUAUAUACAUAAUAUAUAUAUAUAUAUAUAUAUAUUUCCCCUCCCACCCUGUUUUUUUCUUCGGACUCUUUUGCUCUGAUGAAUACUGUGUAUUACAUACCAGAUCAGCUUCCAUACUUUUGGGGGUUUCUUGGGGUUUUUUUAUUAUUUUUCCAAUCUUUCCAGUGAAUGCUUUACUCGUGCCACUUUCCUCCUCCUUCGGUUUAGUGAAUCGUGUUUUUUCUCUCAUGUGGGGAUGUUUGUGCUGCAGAAACAAAACAAAAAAAUUAAAAAAAAAUUUUAAAAUAUCACAAAAGCCAAAAAAAAAACCCCACGCCCGUCGAAUGUAGUGUUUACAUUAAAGCCACUGUUUUCAUGACCAGCCCUCCGUCAUUUCUACUUUGAUUAGUAACCAAACCCCCAGACCUCUUCACAGUUUCACUUUUAAGACUUAACCUUUGCUGAAGAAGACCAGUCACAGCUUAUUUCAAAUAAAGAGGAAACUAAAAAAAAAAAAAAAGAAAAAUAUUUAAAAAAAAACCCACUGGGUCUUUCUAAGCCUUUCUAUUCCCAAUCAGUGAGGUUUCUGUGAUAUCUGACACACUGCCAGUCUGUUUCUCUGACUAAUGGAAAAAUUCAUGUGUAGCUCAAUAAAGAGAAUGUUUGUCUGUA